UCAUGUACACCUUAAUUACUCCCGCACACAGUUAGUAGUAUGUGGUUGAGCUUAUGUGUGUGUGGGUGGGUGCGUGGGUGGGUGCGUGUAUGUGUGUAGUCCAGACCAUCAACGACGAUCUGAACUCGUCUUUGGCGAUGGCUGAUGAGCUGUCACGAGAAUUUGACUCCCUUCUGCAGGAAUGUAAACCCAACGAGUCCACAUCACAGGUCCCCUCUCAGCCUAGCUCCAGCCCCAGUGCCAAACCCCAGCAGACGUCCACUGACACUUUCUCCAGCAGAAAUUUCUCCAACAGCAGCGUGUCUAGCUCCACAGACACAGAACUGGGUGGCAGAGGAGUUGGGGGGAGCAGCAUUAGGAGCAGGGAGAGUAGCAGUGGGAGUGGUGGCAGCACUUCUUUGCCCCAAACCCCAGUCAGCAGUGUGGUGUUGGAGCCCAGCCAGCGUUCCUUGGAGUACCUCACCUCCAGCAGCAAGAAUCGGUCUUCUUCACCAGUCUUCAGCUCCCAACAGUACACCCCCCCCACCCCACGCCGCGAACGCUCCAGUGCCUUUGGCCAGCUGACCCCGCCCAACCAGUCCCCACAAAUGCAGAGGCGCCCCUCCCCAUCGCCGAUGAUAACGUACGACAGGGGAAUCCGAAGCUCUCUCAGUUACUCUGAGGCGCUGCCAUCCUCCCCUGGCCUGUCCUAUGAGCCCCAAUCACCUCGCAAUACUCUGCACCCCCUGACCAAUUCCCUGCCUCCUUAUGACUCCUCCCACAUGGGCCACAGGUUGGCGAGGAGCCCCUCCCCCCAGCCUCUGAGUCAAAAUAGAUCCAGCACUCUGCCCCGCACCUUCAAAACAGAUGAGGGCAUGCCAAAACACAGGAGCCCUGCCCAGUGGAACGAGUCAGACCUAGAUGUGUCAUAUGAAAGAAAGCCUCACCCCACCUAUGACAAGAGUGACUGGCUACGGCCAGGACUCAGCAGCAACAACUGGAAAGAAUCCAACUUGGACUCACCACCAUCCAAGAAAAAGGACUCUUCUCUGCCUCGCCAACUGACAUCACAGAGCGCCACAAUGCCAAGGAACCACCGAAUCUCUGUGGCACCGGACCAAGCCUCUCAUGGUCACUCACAAUAUAGCCCCCAGUCAAUCAUCUCCCGCGUUUCCAUCCCGCCCACUAACUCCAGGGCCCGUCAACAUAGGCCCAUUCCACUGUCUGUCAUCAUGAGACUCCAGAACCCCUAUUACGCCUCGGCGGCUACUCGUGGCCCGCACACGGAGCCAGACAUGGCCCAGUACCGCCCCGCAGUGCCCCUAGCCCGCGAAUAUCUACCCCCACCUCCUCCACCUGAACAGAGACUGCCAGCCUACUGUGGUGAAGUGCUGAACUCCGGGGAUGUGGACGCAGAGUUGGAGAAGAUCGACUCUCUCAAGCAGCCUGUCACCUCUGAGGGCCCUGCGCCUGCUGAAGAGGCUGUUCCACGCCCCCUCAGCCCCACGCGGCUCCAGCCCAUGGUGGUGGUGCCAGAGGUGUUGCCAAACAAGGAGGAGCUGCUACGGAUCCGCUCACAGAUCCCCCGGGCGCUGAAGAGACGGGGCUCUGUGGACCAUUCACGGCCUCAGAAGAAGGCCCAUGGAUAUCAGUACAAGCAGAUGAUCGACAAGCUGUUCCACAGGAAGAGUGGCAGCCAGAAGAGUGAUCUGGGGAGUGAGGCCAGCAGUGGCUCCUCCUCAGAUGGAGAAGAGAGCCCAACGGCACCGUCUCCACAACCCUCCAUCACAAACACCCAGAGCCCCAGUGAUCAAAAGGGUUACCGAUCCAUCUUGCGGCGGAAUAAACAGAGGAAGGCCUCCGGCCGUAGAGCACGCCUUAGUCCUCUGGUACUGCUGCUGGAUGGAUCCUUGUUAGGAGAACUGGACACUGUACAGAAAGCAGUUCAGGAGUUGAGCGACCCCAGCCAGCCCAAUGAUGAGGGUAUGACUGCUCUACACAAUGCUAUCUGUGGCGGGCACUAUGCUGUGGUGGAAUUCCUGGUGCGGAUCGGUGCCAACAUCAGUGCACCAGACAGCCAUGGGUGGACACCCUUGCAUUGCGCAGCGUCCUGUAACGAGAAGAAUCUGUGUGAGUUUCUGGUGCGGAAUGGGGCAGCUGUGAUGGCGGUUACCGAGAGCGACGGGGCCACAGCGGCGCAGAAGUGUGACCCAUAUGCCCCAGGGUUUGAGGAGUGUGAGAGUUUUCUCAGGGGUGUGGAGGAGGCGAUGGGUGUAGAGAACAGUGGGGUUUUGUAUGCACUGUGGAGCUAUCCAGCCCAGGCCCCAGAUGAGCUGAGUUUUAAAGAGGGAGACAUGGUGACCAUCCUGCAGAAGCCUGAGGGAGUGGACUGGUGGUGGGCGUCACUCUGUGGCAGAGAGGGCUUUGUCCCAAACAACUACUUUGGGCUCUUUCCUAAGGUCCGGCCCAAGACCCUCUGCUAGACUGCGUCAGCUUCUCCUGUCUGUAAUCGUCUCACUGGACCACUGAGUGACUGCAAAUCCACAUUUUUACUGCCGCAGAUCUGUUAUGUCUGUCAUUGUGCAUGACAAAUAUCAUUCUCUACAGUCACUGUCCUGGAGUCAAAGAUACUGAUUUCCUGAGUCUUGGACUCAUUCUGUGUCAUAUACAGGGCAACAGAUGCGAGUUGUAUAUUUUUAAAAACUUUUCUUAUAGAACCGAGUGAAAGCACUAAUGAUCAAAUAUAGUUCAUCGCUGUUGUGAAAAUUAUUUUUUUAUACAUAGUGUGUUUUGGCAGUUGUUUUAGGAGCUCUCAGAUGAUGUAAUCACCGUUCAAAGCAAAUUGAAGUUCUUUAUGAAGAAGAAGGGAAAACUGGGCAGUUUUCAGCAGAGACCUACAACGGUCAGCCCGCCUGCCUGAUUGAUGAGUGUGUCUGCUGAUUCAUUUGGUGAAUUAAUUACCAUGACUUGCAAGUCAGUAUUGAUUCAAUUAAGUUUAAUGCAAAGCCCCAUGUUAAGACAGAGGACUGAGUGGCUUGGCACUGCGUCAGACUGGGAGUGCCUGUAUUGUGUUGUUAAGUAAUUGGGAGCGUCCGUAUCGGGCUGCUGAAAUUCGUCUGUCAGACGUUCUUUCGCUCACACCUGCCUUUUUUGUCUUUUUUUUUAAUUCAUCUCUUAUUUCUGACUGCUUGGUUAAUCAUGUAAAGAUGCUUUUGUGUGUAAGUGUGUGUGUGUAUGUAUGUUUGUGUACAUAAAUGUAUGGGAGGAUUCUGUCUUUUGUCUGCUUUUGUCUGUUUUGAAUCAUUGUAAAAUUUUGAUGAUGGCUAUACAGCCUAGGACUGGACAUACGUUAAACAUAUCUUUGAGACAAUUUAAAUUGUAACAGCCAAUAUGUGUAGGUAUUAGAAAAGAGAGCAUAGACUUUGUCCUCUGUACUCGCACUAGGCACUCAUUUGUUUCCAGAAAACCUUUUCUCUUUCCUGAUUGGGUUAUGUAAGAGAGGGUACAUUCUCUACUUUUUGAUUGGUUUGUAUAGGAGAGGGUAUAUUCUCUGUUUCCUGAUUGGGUAAUGUAAGAGAGGGUACAUUCUGUUUUCUGAUUGUGUUGUAUUGGAGAAGGGAUGUUCUCUGUUUCCUAAUUGGGCUCUAAAAAAAGAGAAUGUUCUCUUUUUGCCUUUUUGUGUAAAAAGUACAGUUACUUUAUGCACUGUCUGACACUCUGAUGAUGAUAAUAAUCUGUGUAAAAUGAGUGUUAAAAAUUUGUUUUAAUAUUUGAAUGACAAGUUGUCUGUGAGAGUUGGUGGGUAUAAGAGUGUGUAGUGUAUGUGUGAGUGUGUAAAAGACUGCGUUGAACACAUAAUGUUUGACUGUUACAGAUGAAACAUGUUACAUUCUGUAAUAAAGGAACAAAUGAAAAAAAA